AUGGAAAACUUUCCUCAACUAUAUUCUAAAGAGAGAAUACAAUAAUUUAUUACUAAAUAUAAGGAUUUAAUCUAAUUAGAUCCUCUCAAAGAAAUUCAUUGUGGAAUUAUUCAUUUAGAUGAAUUACAUAUAGCAGGUACAUAAAUAUUGUAUAAUUGUAGCCUAACUAUUACAUUAAGGUGAAUUAGUAGCAUUUCCAACUGAAACAGUGUAUGGAUUAGGAGCAAAUGCUAAAAAUGCUUAAGCUAUAUUGAAUAUUUUCAAAGCCAAAAGAAGACCUUUAAGUGAUCCUCUUAUUGUACAUGUUCAUGAUAAAAAUAACAUAUAUACUGAUAAACCAGACUUUUUGGAUUCUUUUGCUGAAUUAUUUUGGCCAGGACCAUUCACAAUUGUGUUAAAGUAUUUAAUUAAUAUUAUUCAGAUCAACUUAAUUAGAGACAACUGAAAUUUUAUCAGCAGGCACUGGAUCAAUAGGAAUUAGGUAUAUAAUUGAUAAUAUUAUUGUAGAAUACCAAAUCAUAAAGUAGCCUUAGAAUUGUUAGAAAAAGCUAAUCUUCCUAUUGCUGCCCCUUCUGCAAAUUUAUUCACUCAUAUAUCACCUACUAGUGCUGCUCAUGUUUUUAAUGAUUUUUAUGAUUAAAGAGUUCAUAUAAUUGAUGCAGACAGAAGUGAUAAUGGUAUUGAAAGUACAGUUAUUAAACCAUUGGGAAAUGAAUUGCAUAUAUUAAGAUUAGGCAGUUUGGCAAAGGAAACAAUAAUGUAAAAGAUUGGUUAGAGUGUUUAAUUAAAGCAUUUUGCUAUAAAAUAUGAAAAUAAAUAUAUGUAAAUAGAAGAAAAUGAAGAAGAAUUAGAAAAAGAAUUAGAAAACUUAUAAAAUUUAGAUCGUAAAAAUUCAAUGGAAGCACCUGGUUAAUUUUUAAAACAUUAUUCUGCUAGAAUAAAUUCAUUUAUUGUUACUUUUUAAUAAAUCAAUAUAGGUUAAGAGAUUGAUUUAGAUUUAAAAGAAUCAGUGAUUAUUGAUUUUGGAUAAGAGUUAAGAAAUAGAAUAGUUAAUAUAGAUGGUAUAUAUAUAUAUUAAAUAAUAUAAUAGAAACCAAAUAUAAAAGUUUAUCAAUUAAUUAUGAUGCCAAAGAGGCAAUGUUUAAUUUAUAUGAUUCAUUAAGAUGGGCUGAAUUAUAAUAAGGAGCUAAAUAAAUUUUAUUGUAUGAUUUUGAUACAGUAAUUAAUCAAAAAGUUUAACAUGAUGAAAAUAUCCUAUCAAUAUAGGAUAAAAUAUUUCGCUCAGCUUCAGGAUAAAAGAUUUACUAUAAAGAUAAUAAAUUUUAUUUGUGCUAGUGA